UAAUUUGUGUUCGCACUGAGCACAACAGUAGUAAAGAGUGCGGUUGUUAAAAUUUUAGAACAAACAAAAACAAUAAACUUGUUUUGCAACUCAAAAAAAAAAAAGAAAAUAGCUAAGCUAGUUGCGAAAAUUUAGUUUGAAAUUUUCACGAAAACAAACCAAAAGUGUUCAUUUCGAAGAAACGUAACCUGCCAUAGACAUACAUAAAUACCAUAUACUGCCGUGUAUUUAGAAUCUAUAAAAAUAACUUAAGAUGAAAUUGGUGAUCUUGGAUACUGCCGACUCAGUUGGAGUUUGGGCAGCCAAAUAUGUGAUGAAACGCAUUAAUGACUUUAAGCCCGGCCCGAACAAAUACUUCGUUUUGGGUCUACCCACCGGAAGCACGCCACUUGGCAUGUAUAAGAAACUGAUUGAAUUCCACAAAGCCGGCAAAGUGUCCUUCGAGUUUGUGAAAACGUUCAAUAUGGACGAAUAUGUAGGCAUACCACGUGAUCACCCCGAAAGUUAUCACUACUUCAUGUGGAACAACUUCUUCAAACACAUCAAUAUCGAUCCGAAGAAUGCGCACAUUUUAGACGGCAAUGCCAAGGACUUACUCGCCGAAUGCCAACAAUUCGAGACAAUGAUACGGGAGGCGGGUGGUGUAGAGCUCUUCAUCGGUGGUAUCGGACCGGACGGACAUAUAGCCUUUAACGAACCUGGCAGUUCGUUGGUCUCACGUACACGUGUGAAAACAUUGGCACAGGACACAUUAGAGGCAAAUGCGCGCUUCUUCGAUAACGACAUGAGUAAGGUGCCCAAACAGGCGCUAACUGUGGGUGUCGGUACCGUGAUGGAUUCGAAGGAAGUGAUGAUAUUGAUUACGGGUGCGCACAAAGCAUUCGCCUUGUACAAGGCAAUCGAGGAGGGUGUAAAUCAUAUGUGGACGGUGAGUGCCUUCCAGCAACAUCCCAAUACGUUGAUGCUUUGCGACGAGGAUGCCACGCUGGAGUUGAGGGUUAAGACGGUGAAGUAUUUUAAGGGUAUACUACGAGAUGUACAUGAAAAAAUGAUUGGCGAGGAAGCUGAGUUAAACGUGCAAUGA